ACAAAAAGAGCCAUCUUUAUGAUUUCAUGCUAUAGAGAACGAGGAGGAGGAGGAGGACGACGACGACAGUAAUGAAGCGGCUCGACAGCUUUGGCGGGAUCAAACCGCGGGGGGCGGUCAGUUUCGCAACCCUUCUCCUCAGUUUCCUUCUCAUCACCGUGACAAUAAUCGUCCUUCUCGAUUCCAACUAUCAAGCUCUGCGUGUUCUGCAUUUGCAGCUCUCUACUGUAAGCACUUACGCACCGUUCUCGACCCCCAUAGAAACCAAAUAUGCUGGGGAAGAAGCAAAAGAACCAGUCAAAUGGCACCUUCCUCCCAAAGAAGAGCAAAACUUAAACAACUCAUAUUCAGAUAAAGAAUCUACGAUCGAAGCGAAGGAGGAUGGAAAUGGCAUAGCCCGCGAAGUGCAUUAUGAAAUUUCAGAAUUCAAAAUGGCGAUGUCAUCCGUAGAUGCGAAGGAGAAAGCAGAAAAAGAAGAUUUGUUGCCGUCUAAUGAGUCUGAGAUAGAGAUAAGAAAGCAACAACCACUCAAAGAUCAAUCUUUCGAGCAACAUGGUACGAAGGAGAAAGCCAAAGAAAAAGAUUUGUUGUUGUCUAAUGAGCCUGAGACAAAAAUAAGGGAGCAAGAAUCACCCAAGGACCGACCGUCCCUAGAGCAAGCUGGCAAAGGGCUUGACGAUGUUUCAAUCCAAAAGAACAAAAUCGUUUGCGACUACUCGCAACAAAGAUCGGACACUUGUUACGCGCACGGCGAUAUCAGAAUUGUCGGCGUUUGGUCCAUCAUCUUCGCGGCUUCGACAACAACAACAACAACCUCUCAUCCAUCAUACAAGAUCAGGCCGUACGCGCGAAAGUGGGAGCAGAACACCAUGGACUCAAUCAAAGAACUCACCAUAAUUCCUUCUCCGGCAAAUGAUCAGAUCCCCGUCUGCACUUCCAGGCACGAAGUCCCGGCGAUCGUCUUCUCGACGGGCGGGUUCGUCGGAAAUCUCUUCCACGACUUCACCGACAUUCUGAUCCCCCUCUACAUCACCUCUCGCGAAUAUAACGGCGACGUUCGGUUCCUCGUCACGAACUUCAACUGGCAAUGGAUCAUGAAGUACCAGCCAAUGCUACUGCAACUCUCAAAGUAUCCGAUCAUCGACCUCGACGGCGAGAGCCGAGUUCAUUGCUUCCCCUUCGUUCAUGUGGGACUAAAAAGCCACAAAGAGCUCGGCAUUGAUUCCUCGAUAUCUCCAAAUAACUACUCCAUGAGCGACUUCAAGGAGUUCCUGAGACAAUGCUUCUCGCUGAAGAGAGCGAGCGUAGAUAAGAGGCGAAAGCCGAGACUACUGAUGCUGCUGCGAAGAGGGUCGAGGUCGUUGAUGAACGAGAAGGAGGUGGUGUCGAUGGCGAAGAGCGUAGGAUUCAGAGUGGUCGCGGCGCGACCGGAGGCAACGGGGGACGUCGCGAGGUUCGCGAGGGUGGUGAACUCGUGCGACGCGAUGAUGGGCGUGCACGGGGCGGGGCUGACGAACAUGGUGUUUCUGCCGGACGGCGCGGCGGCGGUGCAGGUCGUGCCGUGGGGGGAGCUGAAGUGGGCCUGCAGGCACGAUUUCGGAGAGCCGACUGCAGGCAUGGGGAUAAGAUACGUGGAGUACGAGAUCGCGAAAGAGGAGAGCAGUCUGAUCUACCGGUAUCCGAGAGAUCACGCAGUGUUUACGGAUCCGAUUUCGAUCCACCGGCAGGGGUGGAAUGCGCUGUGGAGUGUGUUUUUGCAUGAGCAGAGUGUGAUGCUUGAUGUUGGUAGGUUUAGAGGUGUUCUACAAGAAGUUUAUCAAUCUCUCAAUGACACAAUGAUGUGAAAAAAAGGGAGGGAAAAAAAAAAAGGAAACAGAGACCUAAAAUUUUUCAAAAUAAUUUAAAAUAUAAAAAACAGAGACCUAAACAGUUGAAUUCGGAUCCCAAAUUUGGAUCCCAAACUCGGUUCAAACAGUUGUGUUGCUCUUGCAUAGAUCUUAGAAGGUGUUUUUUGAAUUGAAAUUGUACACUAAAAAUAAACACUCGAGCG